GCCCAACGAACGUCCGGGAGUGGCGGGCACCGGGAGUGGGCGGCCGGAAGUCAGUGCGGUUUUGACAGGAGGGGGUCGGCGCGGAGGCAGCGGCGGAGACUGAACUGACCGUGUCUGCAAGAAGGAGCCGCUGCAGGGACCUUCCCAAUGUGUAUCAUCUUCUUUAAGUUCGAUCCACGCCCUGUUUCCAAAAAUGCAUACAGACUCAUCCUCGCAGCGAAUAGAGACGAAUUCUACCAUAGACCGUGCAAACUAGCCGAUUUCUGGGGCGACAACAAGGAGAUCCUUAGCGGUCUAGAUAUGGAAGAAGGGAAAGAAGGAGGGUCAUGGCUUGGAAUCAGUAAGAAAGGAAAGUUGGCAGCCCUGACAAAUUACAUGCAACCGAAGCUUGAUAAAGACGCCAAAGGCAGAGGUGAGCUCGUAACCCACUUCCUAACCACGGACAUGGACAGCUUCUCCUACCUGAAAAAAAUCUCCUCAGAAGCACACCUGUACAACGGCUUUAACUUGAUAACUGCCGAUUUAAACACCACCAAGGGAGAUGUAUUUUGCUACUACGGAAACCGAGGUGAGCAAGAGCCUAUCAUAUUAACACCGGGUGUGUAUGGAUUGAGCAAUUCUCUCUUGGAGACACCUUGGAAGAAACUUCAGUAUGGGAAACAGCUGUUUGUGGAUGUGAUUGACCAAAGCCAGGGCCUCAGCAGAGAAGACCUGAUCAGUGAGCUACUCAAAAUCAUGAAUAAUCAGGAAUGCCAGUUGCCAGACCCUGCCCUCGAAGACCAGGGCAAGGACUAUAUCCUGCCCAUCCUGAAUAAAUACGCAGCUGUGUGUGUGCGCUGUCCAGGGUAUGGCACCAGAACCAAUACCAUUGUUCUCAUUGACGCCGAAGGGGAAGUCACUUUCACCGAGCGCAGCAUGAUUGAUGGGGACGUCAGCCAGUGGAAGACCAACACCUACACUUUCCAGCUGCAGAGCGAAUAACUUUGCAUCUGAAUAGGCGCCGCUAAAAGAAACCAGAGAGAAUGGGGGCCGCUCCCGAGACCACCUUGUACAAAUCCCAGAACUAGGCGCUGACGGCAGCUGCUUCUGCACCAUCCACACACCAAGAACCUCCGCACAGCGCCCGAGACAGAAUAUUCCAAGUCAAGAAUUUGCCCUGACUUUGCAAAAUUUAUUUAUUGCCUCUUCAGUAUUCCUUGUAAGUGUCCAGUGCAAACCUGGCCUAAACUUUGUUAGAUGAUGGCGGUGGAGAUCAGCCAAUUGGUACCUCGGCAGCUGGUCACUCGCUUUAGCUGAAGAUUCCUAAAUCGAAUCCUAACUUUCCCUAAGAUUCUAUGCAGUGACGCUGGAGCCCCCUCACUCAUCACCCCGUAUGGGGUGCCUGUGAACAUAAAAGGGAGGGGCAGUCGUGUUUUCCAGACCAGGCUUUCCCUCUUAGAGUUUUCCACUUGGUUUACCCUGAUCUUUUUAAAAUUAAGUCAAAACCGUAGGAAACCUUUGGGUGAAAACAACACAGCUUCACCCACUUGUUUCAGAUAGGCCCCCUGGUAUCCUUUAAUCACAGACAAUAAACUUCAAAUGAAAUGCAUGUAGGAUCCCAAGGAAAGCCAGUUCUGAAAACACAAGCGAACCUGACACCUGGUACUGAGACAGCGGAGUGUCGGCUGAGGGCCUUGUGCCCUGCCAGUCACAGCUGAAGAGUCAAUUCUGGUUCGGAGCUCCCUCCACGACUCUAUCCCCGUACAGUCUCUGACCCUGGAAGUCAGGGCCGGUCAGUUCAGUCACUGAAGGCAAGGAGCGCCUGCUCUCCAGGGAAAUCCUUCUGUGCCCCUCACUUAUUCCCUAGGAGAGAGAAAGUCAGUCGGAAUAUGUGAAUGCAAUCUGAAAAGGUGCCAAUAAAAUGCUCAUUGAAAAUGGAA